CCACACUCACCAACAACUCUCUCUCUCUCUCUCUCUCUCCUACCUAACACCAAUGACACUGUAGAAACGAAAUUCAACGUUAGGAAGAAGCUACGUUGAACCAUCAUCUUCCUUCCUUCUUGGCUUGCCUUCUUGUGUCCCCCACCCGACCCUCGCGCACAGCUCCCGCUUUUCAGCCACCAUGUCGUCCUCACCCUCCAUCAUCACAUGCAAAGCUGCGGUGGCAUGGGGAGCUGGACAGCCUCUGGUGAUCGAGGAAGUGGAAGUGAGCCCGCCUCAACCUCAGGAGAUCCGAAUCAAAGUCGUCGCCACUUCCCUCUGUGGCAGCGACGUGGCCGCUUGGGAAUCCCAGCCUAUAUUUCCUCGCAUAUUUGGCCAUGAAGCAGCGGGGAUUGUCGAGAGUGUGGGGGAUGGAGUAAUCGAAUUCAAGGAAGGAGACCACGUGUUGACGUUGUUCAUGGGCGAAUGCAAGAGAUGCCGGCACUGUACAUCGAAUAAAAGCAACAUGUGCCGAGCACUUGGGUUGGAAAGGAGUGGCGUAAUGCACAGCGACCGAAAGACGCGCUUCUCCAUUAGAGGCAACCCCGUUUAUCAUUUCUGUGCCGUUUCGAGUUUCAGUGAGUAUAUAGUGGUGCACUCGGGAUGUGCUGCCAAAGUCAGCCCAAAUGCGCCUUUAGAGAAAAUAUGUCUUCUCAGUUGUGGAGUAGCAACAGGUCUAGGUGCGGCUUGGAAUGUGGCCGACAUAUCCAAAGGAUCAAAUGUAGCAGUAUUUGGCCUUGGAACUGUGGGUCUUUCUGUUGUGCAAGGUGCCAAACUUCGGGGAGCUUCUCAAGUAAUUGGUGUAGACAUUAAUCCUGAGAAGGUUGAAAAAGCAAAAGAUUUUGGAGUCGAUGUUUAUCUCAAUCCAAAGGACUAUGAUGAACCCAUUCAUGAGGUUAUCAAGAGGAUGACUGAUGGGGGAGCUGAUUACUCUUUCGAGUGCACUGGUGAUACAAGAGCAACAACGAGUGCACUGCAAUCAUGCUGUGAUGGAUGGGGUUUGACUGUGACCCUUGGCGUGCCAAAAGCAAAACCAGAAAUAACAGCUCACUACGGACUGCUGCUCACUGGAAGGACACUGAGAGGUUCCAUGUUUGGAGGAUGGAGACCAAAAUCCGAUAUACCCUCAUUGGUCGACAAGUACUUGAACAAGGAAAUCCGGGUGGAUGAGUUUGUCACCCAUAAUUUGCAAUUUGAGGAUAUCAACAAAGCUUUUGAGCUCAUGAGGGAAGGCAAAUGUCUGCGCUGCGUCCUCCAUAUGCCAAGGUAGAUCGCUCGCUUAUGUAGACGCCGGAAUAGUUGCCGGGCAUGAGGCUUAGAAUUGAAUGUUUUGGAAGCCUAUUUCACCAGGAGAAAGCGAGGAACUUUGGGGGCCCAAACCAUUAUUUUUGUUUCUUCUCGAUCGAUCUCGAUCUCUCAUGAAUGGGAGAAAUGUAGUAUUUGCUGAGAUGAACUUUUGUA